AUGUUCUCCCCUCGCCUUUACACUUUCGUCUUCCUUGCCAUCGGCGUCGCAGUCGAGGCCGUUCCAGCACCGAUGAAGCGCAAUGAUGCGACCCCCGCCCUGGCGGCGAGGGCUCCCCAGUUCUCGGUCAACAUCCCCAACGACAUUCCCGUCUCCGGCGCACUCCCGAACGGCAUCACCAUCACACCGCAGACGCCGUCGGGCAGCAUCGUGACGGGCAACAACAACUCGACGCUCUUUGGCCAGUUCGGGUUCAAGCGCGAUGACGGCCUCGACGCUCGCCAGUUCAACUUCACGCUCCCCAACCAGCUCCCCGUCGAUGGCACCCUUCCUUUCGGGCUCACGGUCACUCAGGGCACGCAGAACAGCACCGUCAGUCUCCCCGCGGGCUUCCCUUUCAAGCGUGGUGUCGAAGCCAGGCAGUUCAACUUUACCCUCCCCAACCAGCUCCCAGUCCAGGGCACUCUUCCGUUCGGUCUUACCGUUACUCAGGGUGUCCAGAACAGCACUGUUGGACUCCCUUCAGGCUUCCCGUUCUGA